UAAAUUGAUUGCAUAAUAACUCAACCAUUAAAAUCCUUCAAACUCAUCACCCCACAUAAAAUGUCCCCGGCCACCAGCACCGCCAAUCACCACCGUCAAAUAAACCCCAAUUCAAAUCUUAACCCUAACCCUAACAAAAUUGACAUAAAACCCACCAUCAAUUUCAACAGAUCAACAACCAACAAUUCACGUAUCGCUUCAUUAGAACCCGAUAUGCCCGACCCGACCCGUCCAUCUUCUUCUUCAAAUUCGUUAACGCCGGUGAUCAAAAUUGAUGGAUGUGAAGAAGAUGCUAUUUUGGCCCGGUCCAAAUUUUUGACCCGAAUGGAAGUUUUAAAACGAAGGCAUCGAAGGACUAAGCAAUUACAACGUAUAUAUAGAGAUUGUUACUGGUCGUUAAUGGAGGAAGUUAAGCUCAAGCACAGAGAGUAUUGCUGGAAAUUUGGAAUGAGUACAUUUCAGGAAGAUGAAGAUAAGAAUAAUAAAGAUGAAGAUAAUAGCAAUGCGGUUAACAGUAAUACGUGUGGGGUUCAUGGCUGCAAGUCGAAGGCAAUGGCGCUUACGAGGUUCUGUCACAUGCAUAUAUUGUCGGAUUCCAAACAGAAACUAUACAAGGCUUGCAAUUAUGCUAUCAAAAGUUCGCCAACAGGGCCCAUACUUUGUGGGAAGCCAAUAUUGAGGUCUACCGUUCCUUCCUACUGCGCUCUUCAUUUUCAGAAGGCUGAAAAGCAUGUGACACGGGCUUUAAAGAAGGCAGGCCUUAACGUCUCUAACACAAGUAAACUAGCCCCCAAGUUUCAUGUUAUUGUUGCUGAAUAUGUUAGCCAGAUCCAAAACAGAAGAAGAGCUGCACAAAAAGCAAAUUUAGAGAUUGCCGAGGUAAAAGAGGAAAACAGCUCUUAAGGUCUGGCAUCACUAAAAAAGAAGCCUGUAUAUUUUCUUGGCGAGUUGGUGAUGCAGCUAUAACAAGUAUAUUUGGUUAAAUAGAUUUCGUAUGGGUGACGAGACUUAUGACUUGGAAGAGAGCUUGUAUGUAUAAAGGGCAUUACAAUCUAACUGGAUUUCAUCCAUAUUGAGCUUAAUUAGUUCAAUAUGUUCUGCUUCUGUUGGUGUUCUUGUGAUUCAUGCAAUGUUAAAGAUUGUUAUACAAGAAACACACAACAAUUCAGUUGUAUUUUAACUGACAUUAUUUUUGUUAAAUAAAGUUCAUUUUUGAACCUGA